CAAAGCGGCAGUUUGUCCCCCGGCUUCAGCGAGAGAUGAACGGGUGGAAGCCCGCUGCGCCCCCGUUGAGGCUAGGGACCCCCAGAGCACCCCAGUGGGACCCUGACCCAGACCUCCAGUGCAACCGGAGGAUAACUGGUCCAUGGAAUGGUUCUCCUGGGUAUGAAAGACCAGUUGUGGAGAAGCUGAUCUGUCUGUCAGCAGCCAAGUUGCUGGCUGAGUCUGGGCUGAGUGUCAUUGUAUUGGAAGCCCGGGACAGGGUCGGAGGAAGAACUUUCACUGCAAGGAAUAAGCAAGUUAAAUAUGUGGACCUUGGAGGAGCAUAUGUGGGACCAACACAAAAUCGUGUUCUGCGGUUGUCCAAAGAACUAGGAUUAGAGACGUAUAAAGUGAAUGAAGUAGAACAUCUUAUUCACCAUGUCAAGGGUAAAUCUUAUCCAUUUAAGGGUCCAUUCCCGCCUAUGUGGAACCCAUUUGUCUACUUGGAUUUUAACAAUCUAUGGAGGACAAUGGAUGAAAUGGGAAAGGAGAUUCCUAAUGAAGCCCCGUGGAAAGCUCCACAUGCAGAAGAAUGGGACAAAAUGACUAUGCAAGAGUUCAUAGACAAAAUUUGCUGGACAAAUGCUGCCAAGCGGUUCGUGACUUUGUUUGUGAAUGUGGAUGUCACCUCUGAGCCCCAUGAGGUCUCUGCUCUUUGGUUCCUGUGGUAUGUGAAGCAGUGUGGGGGUACAGGCAGGAUAUUCUCCACAACCAAUGGUGGCCAGGAGAGAAAGUUUGUUGGAGGCUCUGGUCAGAUUAGUGAGAAGAUAAUGGAACGAUUGGGGAACCGAGUAAAGCUAGAGAGACCAGUAGUCCACAUUGAUCAGUCACAUGAAAAUGUCAUAGUGGAAACCUUAAACCAUGAGAUUUAUGAGGGUAAAUAUGUUAUUAGUGCCAUCCCCCCAGUUCUUGGCCUGAAGAUUCAUUACAAUCCACCAUUACCACCAAUGAGAAACCAAUUGAUUAACCGAGUUCCUAUGGGUGCAGUCAUUAAGGCCAUUGUGUACUACAAAGACACUUUCUGGAGGAAAAAAGGCUACUGUGGUACCAUGAUCAUUGACGAUGAAGAUGCUGCAAUUGGUCUAACACUUGACGAUACCAAACCUGAUGGCAGUGUUCCUGCUAUAAUAGGUUUUAUUCUUUCUCGGAAGUGUAGAAGACUGACACACCUUACAAAGGAAGAAAGGAAGAAGAGGCUGUGUGAGCUCUAUGCAAAAGUUUUGGGAUCAGAAGAAGCCUUACAUCCAGUGCAUUAUGAAGAGAAGAACUGGUGUGAGGAGCAGUAUUCUGGAGGGUGCUACACUGCAUAUUUCCCACCAGGGAUAAUGACUCAGUAUGGAAGGAUCCUUCGCCAGCCAGUUGGCAGGAUCUACUUUGCUGGCACGGAGACAGCUACAGAGUGGAGUGGAUACAUGGAGGGGGCUGUGCAGGCUGGAGAGAGAGCAGCUAGAGAGAUACUGUGUUCUAUGGGAGAAAUCUCAGAAGGUGAAAUUUGGAAGUCAGAACCAGAAUCGAUUGAUGUCCCAGCCCUGCCAAUCACUACUACCUUUUGGGAGAGAAACUUGCCAUCUAUACCAGGACUACUGAAGCUGGUUGGAUUAUCUACUUUCUUCACAUCAGUGGCUGCUCUUGGGCUGUUCACAUGCAAGAAGGGGCUGCUAGUUCGAAACUGAGGAAGGUGCCAGCUAAAUGUUGCGCUUCUGCUGUUUUUCUCUUUUUCCAAAGUUGUUCCUGAAAUAUACUUAAUUGGGCGCGUCUACGUGUGUGUUUAAGCACAACUAAAUUUAAUGUGCAUUAUGGGCUCCUGUACACAUGUGGGGAACCUAUUCUGACGUGCUGGAAAUCAAGUCUGCUUGAGCACAGAAAUUGACACACUCUGACAGUAUAUCAGCGUCCCUGAAAAAAUCGUGGCAGGACGCUUUUAAAUAAAACGUUUGAGCUGUAGUUCAAAUUGCCCUGUCACCAUAUUUUCAGUGCAGGGAUGCACAAGGACGCUGAUGCAUGUGACGCACGGGCACUUUUAAUCAGCAUGCCUUGCUAAUUAAAGCACCUGGUGCCGCAUCACACAGGACGUGUAAAAAUGCCUAAACAAUUUUUGGCAGUUGUCUACACGUGCAGGCACUUAGCACUAAAAUUAGUUCAUUUGGCACAGGUAGUUCCAAGUCCCUGCAACCCUGGGAUGUGCCCUUAGUGGCUGGGCAGACCCGGAACUAAAAUUAGUGCCGGGUCAUGUUUACACAUGCAUUAGUACACCUUAACUAAUCAUGCCUAAAUUUGAUGCCUACAUCUGCAGGUAUCAAAUUUAAGUGUGAUUAGCCUAAUGUCACCAUUUUUAAUGUGCAUUAAGGCUACGCAUGUGUAGAAUGCACUUUAAAUUAGGCUAAUGUGCAUUAACGCGUCCCAUGUAGACACGCUCCCUGUCUCCAAAUUCUAAUUGGGACUGGUAGAGGGUGGGGAAGAAGGGGCAAACAGAGCUGGAAUGCUAGAGAGGGUAGGUGAACCCAGGGACUUGGAGAAAACAAGAAUCCCUUGAAUAUUGGUCUAUUAUUUUGGCACUUUAUUUUUGUGAUGCUCUAAAGUCUAAGAAAUUCUGCUGGCUGUUACUUCCCUUUAAUUUUUAUGUGUAGAAAAAGAAGUGGCAAACUACCACAAGAACCUGUCCUCACAAGAUUUUCUAGGUUUUUGUACAUUUGUAUCUGAGCCAUACCUGAACUCUGAACCUUUAGAGGCAUAUGCAUUGCUAGGUAUGAAGGGAGUAUUUCUGCUCUCAUGUUCCUGAUAUUAAAAACCUGUAGAUAAUGAUAAUGGUGAUGAUUUUUGAGUAAAUGGCAAUUGCAGGUAAGGUUCUUUGAAUGGAUUUUCCCCCAGAAUGUUUUCAGUCCUUACAAAAAAAAAAAAGAAAACAUAUGGCUGAAUUUUGAAAGUCUUGGCCAAAUUGUGCAUCCCAACUAUGCAAAUGUUCACACUGUUUGUUAGAAUUGUGUUUAUCCACUUUUCAUUUUCAGUACCAUAUUAUGGGGCUGGAGCCUUGCUUCCUCUGUGGACUCUUUAGUACAGCUGUGAAAAAGGGGAUAAAAUGAUGGCUUACAAUGCCUCCGGGAGGUUCUCUUAGGCUUGCAUCUCUACCACUUGCAUCUUCUCUUGGUUCCCUGAGGCUGCUGGAAGGAGGUACAGGUGCCAAAUAAGCCCUUAUCUGCCUCAGAGAGCCAUACAGUUAGCCAUGAAGUCCUGUCUUUUCUCUAUUUGUCUCGUCUCUUAGGUUGUAAGCUCUUUGGGGCAGAGACUGUCUCUUGCCAUGUAUUUGUAAAGCACAAUGGGAUCUAAAUCUAGUUUGUGGUCUUACUAGAAUAAAUGAUAGCUUUACCAGUCUGACAGCAUUUGUCAGGUUUCAAGCACAGGUUAGCUGGUCCACAACUAAUGUUUGCGACUAUUCACAACAAUUAACCUUUAAAUUUUUUCUUAUGUUCAAAAGACUACAAUAGAAAAGUGUUGCUAAAUUUGCAUUUCUUGGGUUACCUGGAAUCCUCUUCCAUUUUGAGGAUCAUUUUUCUUGUGAUAUAUGAAAAAAACAAACAAAACAAAAAUCUCCCCCUCAAUUUUACUUGUAGGUUUAUAUCAGUCUGAAACAAAUGUUUCUAUAUACACUAUUAUUAAAAUAUUCUCUAUCACAGUUAUUGUCAUACACCAUCUCAUACUCCUCAAAAUCUUGUUGCGGUGUUGUUUUAGAGGAAAGGUUAUUUUUGUUCUGCCUCUUUUCUUAUAUAAAUUCCAGGAAAAAAAGGAAACUUACCACUUUACUUUACUAGUAUUAUACUUUACUAUUUUUCAUAAAACUGAGUAAGGUAAGGAAAUGACUUUGAAAAUAUUUUUGAAUCCUUUUAAAGCUUUGUUUUAUUAAUAGGUGCCUGAUUUGUGCAUGCAUAAAAAGCUGAGGACAUUCAAUAUGAGUGAUGGCAGCAUAGCGUUUAUGGCAGUAUAGCUAUCUUGCUGUUCCUCAGUUAUUUGCUAGACUGUGGUUGCUUUAAAGAAGAAAGUUUUUGUUUCCUUAGUCAGAGCAGGCAACCUAUGCUAGUUAGGCAGCUGUGCUCUGGCAAUAUCCUGUGUCAAGUUUUCAAGUCUUUGACUUCCUAUGCUUCAGUCUGCUAAAAUUAACUAUACGUCCUUUUACCACAACUCUGCUCUUAUGUUCUGUGUACCUUUAAUAAUUAUGUUACUAAUAACAGGGCAUUCUUAUAGUGGAAAUUUUUUAAGUCCCCACGGUCAAAUUCCCUGUCAGAGUAAAUUGUCACAGCAAAACUGUUAUGACGGUAAGUGAAACACUGAACUACCAAAACAAUUACAAUAUUUUCAAUUGCCCUUUUCUAUGCAAAUUUCACUCAGGCUUUCUGGCAUUAUAGCACUUAAUACAAAGCUACCAUUUCAUGGAACACUAAAUGCCACAUUCCAGCUGUGCUCCAGAAUGUUACUGAUAAUCUUCUACACUGCUUGGCCUGCAGCUUUAUGAGGAUACUUUAUAAAUGAUUAAGGACCAGAUUAUUACCUGCUCUAUGUUCUCUCACAAGAGAAUUAAAGGAUAUUAAAAAUGUCCCGUCUGCGUAACUCACUUCACAGCUCAAAAAGCAAGAGAGAACAGCCUUUGCAGAUUGUUCCAUGCGGCUGAGCAGCUGGGGAAGAAUUAAGGCUGCUUUAAGCCCCCUACUACGCCAUUCCUACCCCUCUCCAGCAAUCAGUGGAAUUGAGUCGGUAUGUUGUGGGAAAUAAUCUGUCUGGUAAAGGUCAGGGUUUCAACCCAGGAGCAAGGGAAGAACUGGAGACUAAAUUGCAGGUUUCAAAUCUAAAACAGUGUCACUACACACUGCCUGUUGCAGAGGGCAGACAGACAUAUGACAGCCUGUUCCUGUAAGAUCAGCUACAAGUCUAUUUCUGGUGGGAAAGGCUUAAAAUCAGUUAAUUUUUUUUUCUAUGAUCCACAGGUCUUUACAUCCUUAAAUCAAACUGCCAAAAUCUAGAUUAGGAGGAUGGCUCUUGAAAACAUUUUAACUGCAAAAGGAUUAAUCACUCUGCUUUGCUAGGAGCAACAAGCACUCCCACAGAUGUCUUUGGUUAGAAAUGCUGUACUGUAUAAGCCUGAGAGCAAGCUGUUGGCAAUAAAUUAAGGGUCUGAAUCUUGGAGAAAUCAAGUAAGUGGAGCCCUGGAUAGCAUAGUAACAUAUAUGGGUGUUCCUGGCCUUCCUGGUUUUGUGUCUUUUGAAGCAGUAUAGUCAAGGAUUAGAAAUGAAUACUCUGCUAUAAUCACAAUACAUGGCACCAAAUACUUCUGUCUGUCUACAUCUGUGCAAUAGGCAGUCAUAGAUAAAACAGCAACAUUUGAUUCCACCAGAAAUAGACUUAGAACUGAUUUUACAGGAAUAGCUUGUCAUACGGCCCUUGAAUUUCAUUUUGCGUCUUCAAAUUCAAUUCACCAGACAAGGUGUCUUGAAGAUGCAGCUUGGAUUUUAUCAUUAGAGCUUUUAAACUAAAUGUGGAAACUUUUCAGGCAUGAAAACUUUAUGAAGUCAGAAGAUCUAGGAAUGGUACAGCAGACAUGGCUUUCCUCACUGUCUCUCUCUGGGCAUGUCUAUACAAGAUGCUAUGGCACUGUAGCGAUGUGCUACAGUGCCAUAGCAUCCAUUGGCAAAAACUCUGACGCCGCCGCUACAUCACUGUAGCAAUGUGCUUCUUCAUUAUAGCUUAUUGCUACAGUGACGUAGCAGCCAAAAAUAACUGCACGGCGCAGUAUGGGCUGUUACUGUGCCAUCAUUUAGUACUUCCAAAAGUACUAAAAGGAAGUACUAAAUGAUGGCAUAGUAACAAAGGCACCUUAUGGCCAUGUGUAGAUGUGCCCACAGAGAAGCAAUUGACAAGGGUACCUGACAAGUCUCUCAUGUUUUAAGGAGAUUAGUAUCCAACAUCAAUCUUUCAGUAAUUCUUAAGCAUAUAAUCAUAUGUCUAUCUUUUCCCUACCUGAAAGGUGGCAUUCCUCAUCCAGCUCACAGGAAGAUCAGUGGAUGGUUCCCCCCCUCUCCCUCUCACCCCAAAAAAAAAAAAAAAAAACAACCAAAAAAGGGUAGUACUCUUAAGGAUAGAUGAAGAAUGUGACCUGUGAAGGUGCAACAAACAAGAGGGAAUCGUAUGAUUAAAUUAGAUGCUCUUCCUUGCUAUACAUUCUAAAUACAGGUAAAAUGCUGAUUUAUUUCCUAACAAGAGGCCAAAUACCAUAUACUGGAUCAGCAUUUUUGCAAGUAAGGCCAGUUAUACAGGUGGCUCAAUCCAAGACUCAAAGGAAUCUAAAUUUAGACACUAAUUUUUUUUUUAAAUCUUGGUCCGGUACUUACCGGAAACCCUCGGUAUACCCUCGGUAUUCGCAGGUUCAGCAUUCAUGGUUUCAAAUAUUUGCGAAUGCCAAACCUGUAUUUUAAAUACACUUUAAACACUUACCGGAGCUCCUUGGGAGCUCUGCGCUUCCUGCUGCUGGGCUUCCGCCAUUGCCGUUCCCCACCCUCCCAGCCGCCAGGGGCACCGCGUUCAUGAGCACAGUGUCCUAUUUGCGGAUUUUGCCAUUCGCAGGGAUCGCAGGAACAUAUCCCCUGCAAAUGGUGAGGCUCGCCUGUAUUAGUAAGUGGAAAGACACUUUACACACCAAACUGCUACAUUGUUUGAAUAAUUUCUUUGUCAAAGGUAUCUAGGAUAUAAGUGCUGGUUCUGUUCUAAAACAUUUGGAAGGUUGAGGAAGGGAAAGUGAGGCUGAGAGGCACAAAUAGCUUUUAUUCUCAUCUAAAAUGUAACUUUUUUUUUCUUCUGCGUCUACUUAGACCAGUAUGUGCUAUGGGUAGAGGGUCAAGAGCUGAUUUAGUUAAAAUUAGAAAUGGCCUCAGUCAUCACUGAUACUCAAACCUGUUUCACAUUUUUAAUGUUUGAAUUAUUUUUCACUUCCCUGAACUUCAUGGUUCCAGGGGUGAAUAGGAAUGGAAAUACCACAAGAAAAGCAGUUCUAAUUAUCUUUCUAACCCAACCAAAAGCAAGAUGCACUUGAAAUCUCAUGGUAAAACUGCAUCGUUGGGUUUCCAGCCCACUUCUACAAGCUUAAGGGGUUUGAAAUAGAAUGUUAAAAUGAGCAGACAAAGUUCUGGGAUGCUGGUUCACUGAGAGACCUCACAGGCUUUUGAAACUUCCUCAUUGUCUCUGCAACUACUUUUUGCUAGAAAUGUAAUUUGCAUCCUUGGGCCACUGUGUGAUUAAGGUGGUUAGUUGAUCAAUUGGUUGUUAACUUUUUCAUCAGUAAAAGGAUAUGUGCUGUUUUGUACAUAUGUGUGUAUGUAUGCUGCAGUCUUUUAAAGAAAAAUCUGUUGGAUGUAGUUCUGGAAUACAUCUCUUCCUUUGCAUGAAUGGAAGGAACUGUUAGCACUAACGUACCUCUUUACACUCAUUCCAACUGACUGUUAAAGGAAAGAAAUUUGAGAAUCAGGAUUGUUUUUUUACUGUAAGCUAGCAGUAGUGUUCUUAACCCAUUAACAUGUCUGAUGAGAAAUCUGGCAGUCAACUGACUAAGAAAACCAUCUUACAAAAAUCUCUAGAGACCUCAUUUCAUUUAGUAAUCUCUUAUGGACUAAUUAAUAUUUUCAUGUAUACUUUCAAAAUCUUAGGGUGUUAAAAAGCUGUGUACUUGUUCAUAUACUGUAUCAAUAACUGUUGCAUUACUGCAGCUACGGCAUGUGGUAUGAAAAUCUGUGUGUGUGUCAACUAGAUAAUACGACACUGAUGAUAUUAAAAGGUAAUUAUAAAUGCCACUCAACUGUAUGGUAGAAUGAAUAGCCUAAGACCACUCAAGAUGUCUAUUCUUUAACUGGUUAAUUUCUUCUCAACUCAGAACCCAAUUUCAGAGUACAUAUCUGUUUUGGAUAGUACCUAAGCAUAUUAGAUGCUUAAGGGAUUUCCUGUAUUGGGUUCCAGAAGCUGGAGGAAUUUUAUUUAAACUAAUGAUAAUAUUUCCCUAAACCACCAGGAUGACACUUUCACAUAGGCAGGACUUAGAGGUGUCCAUAUUCAGAGAGAUGGGGAAAAAAUGUAUUUCCAAGGAGGAAAGAACCAUACAUCCCAAUAAAAACCCCCUUUGCUCCCAAGGAAGCUGGAACAAAAUUACUGAAGAAUUUAUCCCCCUAUAUGAGAAUAUCGGCUCAAUUCAAAUGCAGAUUGCACUAGAAUCAAUAAAUAUUGUCUUCUUGCA